AUGACAACAACCGUUCAAGGAAGAGUUACUUUUGAGAAGUUAACUCACAUGGAUUAUCCCGGAACGACAUAUUUUUCCAUUCGUAAUGUUUCUUUGUACGAGUGCCAAAGCUGGUGUAGAGACGAAGUGAACUGCGUAUCCGCUGUCUUUAGUUUUGUGGUGAAUCCAUUGGUUCCUGUUCAAGACACUACGUGUUCCUUACAGAAUAUGACCACUUCUACGAAACCAAAUGUCCUCCCACAACGCAGUGUUAACACCUACUUCCUUACCAAAGUUCACAUUAGCUCAGAGAGAGUGUGUAAUCGACUCUGGACCUUCGAGAGGAUUCCGAAUACUUUCCUACGUGGUUUAGAUAACGCCAUUUUCUAUACGUCUACCAAGGAAAUUUGCCUAGCAGCCUGUUUAAACGAGGAACGGUUUUUGUGCCGCUCCGUGGAGUUUGACUACGUGAAGCUGGAGUGUCAUCUCAGUGAAUACGACCGUCGCUCACCAGGUGCCUUUGUGGUGCUAGUGAAAAGGCAAACAGUUGAUUAUUUUGAAAACACAUGUUUGCAACCGGAAGACAUAUGCCGUACUGGUGGAAGACGUUAUGACUUCGUCCACACGGAUCUCACUCAGUCUUCUGUGGCUCAUUUCGUUGGCCUGUACUAUUAUUCGGACAAGGAUAUAGUGGUGAACACCGAGGAAGAGUGCCUCCAAAUGUGUACUCAGGAGAACGAGUUCAUUUGUCGGUCAUUUUUGUACUCGCCUGAAACUCGGCAUGUUCAGCCCAACUGUGCCUUGUACCACGUGGAUUACGUGAUGAUGCCGGAUGGAAAAAAGACGUUUCUCAAUCCUAGUCCUAUUCCCUUAUUGGACAUCGGUGAACGAACAGGAAUAUACUUAGAAGCUGUUUGUACAAUAUCGAUCCAGUGCACGGACACCAAAAUGGUUGUCUUCGUAAGAACUAACAAGCCUUUUCAUGGACGAAUCUAUGCCUUGGGCAGGAGUGAGACCUGUCAAGCAAGCGUGAAGAACGGUAAUCAGUUUGAUCUGGAUGUGUCAUUAAAGGGUCAGGACUGUAACACCGAGUCUGUGGGCGGAGUUUUCACUAAUACAGUUGUUCUUCAACAUCAUUCGAUUGUCAUGACCAAAUCAGACAAGGUGUACAACAUUCGCUGCACCUACGAAACAUCAUCCAAGAACGUGUCAUUUGGAAUGAUGCCUGUUCGGGAUCCAGACACGGCGCAUGUUACUGGCGCACCAGAAGCGCCGCUGCCAUCAAUCCACAUUCUGGCACAAAGCGGCAGAGAAGCAACGACUGUUCGAAUUGGUGACCAGCUAAACUUCAGGAUUGAAAUUCCACAGAACACACCCUAUGGCAUAUUUGCUAGAAGUUGUCUGGCAAUGGCUAAAGAUGGCAAAAGCAUAUUCAGGAUUAUAGAUGAAGAUGGAUGCCCAGUCGAUAGGUCUAUAUUUCCACAGUUUGUUCAAGCUGAGAAAGGCCUUGAAAGUACUUACGAGGCGUUUCGAUUUACCGAAUCCUAUGGAGUUAUUUUCCAGUGUAACGUCAAAUAUUGUAUAGGAAAGUGUGAACCAGUCUCUUGUAGCGAAAACAAGGAAGAAUAUAUGUCAUGGGGUCGCCGAAAACGAGAUCUGCAACCUGAGAAAGAAUCUAAGGAUAUGACUCUGAGUCAUGAAAUUUUCGUUCUGGAUUACGGAGAUGAAACAUUGACUUCAUUGAAAGAUGUUUCUCAGGGAUUCAACG